UACAAAGCGUAAAUGUGCAGUGGAUCCAUCUCCCACUAUCUGCAGCUUUAGAAGUCGAAAGAUCAAUUAGUGCACAAUUUUUACAAAACACCCCAUUCGCAUAAGUGUUAAAGAAAAUACCAUCGGGAAUUGUGUCAUUUAUAGAAAUUUGAAAAAUUAUUAUUUUUAAUUAGCACAUUUUGUUUUAAUAAAAUACCAAAAAUAUAUUUAAAGAAAACGUUGACAAUCAAAUCAGGUCUUUGUGGAUGUCAUUGCCCGUGAAUAGCUUCCCUUAAUACAUUGUGAAAACGCACCUUUUCGUCAGAGGAAAAACUAUGAGAUUGUGAUUAUUAAAAUCAAAUCUCAGAAAACGGUUGAAUCAAUCUCGAAGGGUGAAGUGGCUGUGUCAAAAUGAGAUACAAGGUGAACGACCCGGAAAGCAGUGACAGGACUCCAGAUGCCAUCAAAACUAGUGCGGAAGUUACAUGGCACUACAAUGAAAAGAGUUCAAAUACAAAGGAAACGAAACUCGUAAUAGUUGUUGGAUUGUUAGCGGUUUCAGUAAUUGCCCUUGUCGCUACGUUAACAAUACAAAUGGCGGUUUUUCGAAAGGAGGAGUAUAAGGAAAUGUGCCAGAGUGAAGAGUGUAUAAACACAGCCGCAAGAGUAUUAGACGCAAUGAAUAAAUCUGUAGAUCCUUGCCAGGAUUUCUAUAAAUUUGCCUGUGGGGGCUGGAUAGAUAAACACCCAAUUCCUCAAAGUCAAGCAGCUUGGGACCAACUGAGUCUUUUGAGAGAAGAAUUAUUACAGAAAUUGAGAAUUCUUUUAGAAGAACCAGACAAAGAUGAUGAUCUCAGACCAGUGAAACUAGCCAGAAAUCUUUAUAGGACGUGCAUGGAUACUGCUAGUGUGGAAUCACUUGGUUUAAAACCGAUUUUCGAAAUUCUAAACAGAAUAGGACUACCUAGUAAAAUUCCAGUGGACAAUGAUGUCGUGACUCUUGACAUUGCAGAAUUAUCAGGAAAAGCUCAAAGAAUUUUGGGACUAAAUAUGUUAGUUAAUUUUUAUAUCAGCGAGGAUGUGAGGAACACUUCGGUAAACAGAAUGAUGAUGGAACAAGCAUCUCCAGGCAUCAGUGAACGAUACCUUCUGGACCACCUUCGCUUUGAGUCAGAAUUAACAGAGUACAAAAAAUAUGUUAUAUCUAUGCUAGAAAUGGCUGGUGCUGGUGAAAAAAGUUCGGAUCUCGCUAAUGAGAUUUUAGAAUUUAGCACACAAAUUGCCAAGAUUAUGUCAACACCAGAGGAACGCCGUAGUGCAAAUCAUUUUUUCCAUGACGUGACGAUUAAUGAAUUACAACAGCUUACUGAUCUACACGCUCAAAAAUGGAACUGGACGAAUUACAUGAAUUCUGUUUUCAACCAAACAAAUGUUACAAUAGAGACGAAUGUUGAUCGAGUGAUCGUUAUGGAUUUGCACUAUUUGCAAAAAUUGCCGCAGCUUUUAGCUGUCACACCUCCUGGCACGAUAGCCCGAUUUGUCUGGUGGAGCGUUUACUCGACUGUUGCUCCCCUCACGUUACAAAAAUUUAGAGAUUUGGGAUUCCAAUUUUCCCAGAAAGUUUUUGGCUUAAAGGAAAAAACACCUAGAUGGAAGGGCUGUACUGGAAAUGUUAACUCGAAUUUUGGCAUGGCUCUCAGCUAUGUUUAUGUUCAGAAACAUUUCAAUGAUCAAGCUCGAGAAAAGGCUUUGGAAAUGUUAUUGGACAUAAAGGCAGCCUUUGAUUCAAUGGUCACGGAAUUGGAUUGGAUGGACACCAGUACAAGAAAAAUGGCACAUAAAAAAUUACAUUCCAUGCGACCAUUUGUUGCUUUUCCUGAGUGGAUAAAAACCCCAGAAAAACUAAACAAGUUCUACGAUGGAGUGGAUGUAAUUCCAGGAAAAUUGUUUCAAACAUUUUUAAAGUUAACUGAUACCGGGGUAAAGAAGAGUCUAAAUAGUUUGAGAGAAAAACCAGACAAAGAUAGAUGGAUAUCGACCUCGACGACAGUCAAUGCUUUUUAUAGUGCAAUCCUAAAUUCAGUCACUUUUCCGGCUGGAAUAUUGCACCCUCCAUUCUACGGAAGUGGAAUAGAGUCAAUAAAUUACGGUGCAAUAGGAGCAAUAAUGGGUCACGAGCUUACUCAUGGAUUCGACGACCAAGGUCGUAGAUACGACGAAAACGGUAAUCUGAAGCAGUGGUGGAGCGAGGAGACAUUGCGACAUUAUCACGAGAAAGUUGAAUGUAUCAUCAAGCAGUAUAGCAAUUAUCAUUUACCGGAGCUAGGUACCAAUUUUACAGUAAAUGGGUUUAAUACCCAAGGUGAGAAUAUAGCAGACAAUGGAGGAAUAAGGGAGGCUUACAGAGCUUAUCAAAGACUGAAAGAUAGAAGUCCGAAUCAGCAAGCCCUGCCGGGUCUAGUUGAUUAUAGUCAUGAUCAACUCUUCUUCCUCGGAUUUGCACAGACAUGGUGUGGAAAUUACACGCAUGGCGCACUAAAAUCAAAGCUUGUGGAAGGAGUCCACGCUCCAAACCAUUUUCGAGUAAUUGGGACAUUAUCCAACAACGCAGAUUUCGCUAAAGCGUGGAAAUGCCCUGCUGAGAGUGCAAUGAAUCCUUCCCACAAAUGUAUUUUAUGGUAGUGAAAAAAUGACUGAAACUAAC